ACCAAUAAUUCUCGAUUUUUCACCCUGGGUUCGUGCCACGUGAACCGCCAGUGUAAGAGCUCUCGCACUAGUACUGCUGCAGUGCUGACAGCGCUCAGGUGGCUUUUUUUCCCCCAGCCCCAAAAUCCUUCCAGGGGGAUUUUUGGAGCCCAUUUUCCUCCACCUGCUGCAGGCAGCUGCUGGGCACGGCCAGGCUCAGGAUGAACCUGAGUGCAGUGAGCAGAGCGGUUCUUCACGAGUGGCACUGUGAGCUGAGCGCGGGCACUGCAGCAUCCCCGCAGCCCCGCUGAACUUGCCGGGCCCGGUGGGGCGGGGGUCCCUGGCAGCGCUGCCGCCCCGGGAAGGAGGGACCGGCCCGGCCCCGCCGCACCGCGCACCCACCGCGGAUGCCCUCGGCCGAGCUGCCAGCGCCUCCCUGCCCGGGCUGCCGGGGGGGACAACAGGCCAAAAUCCUGCACAUGAUGGACGACAACAAGCAGCUGGCGCUGCGCAUCGACGGGGCGCUGCAGGCGGCGGGCCAGGAGGUGACGGCGCUGCGCGCCGAGCUGGCGGCCACCGGCCGGCGCCUGGCCGAGCUGGGCAGCGACCCGGCCAUGGAGCACGGCCCGCACGGCGCUCAAGCGCUGCUGCGGGAGGAGGUGGCCCAGCUGCAGGAGGAGGUCCACCUGCUCCGGCAAAUGAAGGAAAUGCUGACCAAGGACCUGGAGGAGACGCACGGCAGCAAGUCCCCGGAGGUGCUCUCGGCCACCGAGCUCAAGGUGCAGCUGGCACAGAAGGAGCAGGAGCUGGCACGGGCCAAGGAGGCUCUGCAGGCCAUGAAAGCCGACCGCAAGCGCUUGAAGGGGGAGAAGACAGACCUGGUGAGCCAGAUGCAGCAGCUGUACGCCACCCUGGAGAGCCGAGAGGAGCAGCUCCGGGACUUCAUCCGCAACUACGAGCAGCACAGGAAGGAGAGCGAGGACGCGGUGAAAGCCCUGGCCAAGGAGAAGGAUCUCCUGGAGCGGGAGAAGUGGGAGCUGCGGCGGCAGGCCAAGGAAGCCACGGACCACGCCAGCGCCCUCCGCUCCCAGCUCGACCUGAAGGACAACCGCAUGAAGGAGCUGGAGGCUGAGCUGGCCAUGGCCAAGCAGUCCCUGGCCACGCUGACCAAGGACGUGCCCAAGCGCCAUUCCUUGGCCAUGCCUGGCGAGACGGUGCUGAACGGCAACCAGGAGUGGGUGAUGCAGGCCGACCUCCCGCUGACCGCCGCCAUCCGGCAGAGCCAGCAGACCCUCUACCACUCCCACCCCCAGCACUCGGCCGACCGGCAAGCGGUCAGAGUGAGCCCCUGCCAUUCCCGGCAGCCGUCCAUCAUCUCCGACGCCUCCGCGGCCGAGGGUGACCGCUCAUCCACGCCGAGCGACAUCAACUCCCCCCGGCAUCGAACGCACUCGCUCUGCAAUGGGGACAGUCCUGGACCGGUACAGAAGAACUUGCACAAUCCAAUCGUACAGUCUCUAGAAGACCUGGAAGACCAAAAAAGGAAAAAGAAGAAAGAGAAGAUGGGCUUUGGCUCCAUCUCCAGAGUGUUUGCCCGGGGCAAGCAGCGCAAGUCCCUCGAUCCCGGUCUGUUCGACGGGACAGCCCCCGACUACUACAUCGAGGAGGACGCGGACUGGUGACAGCACCGGAGCCUCUCCCGGCCCUGCACAUGUACAUAUCCCACCUGCCACACCUGUCCCACCUGUGGGCUGUUACCUGUUGUCUUGGGAGCGAUGCAGCUGUGUCGUAACUUCCGUUUUUUCCCCCCUUUUUUUCCUUUUUGUUUUUUGGUUUUUUUCCCAUCCCGGUAACUCCUUUGUUGUCGCUUCAGUUUGUCAGUUUGGGUUGGGUUUUUUUUUCUCGUCUUGUUUUGGAAGGGGUUUUUUGUUCUUUUUUUUCUCGUUCUUUUGACAAAACUUGAAACUUGAAGGACUGCUGUGUCUCUGUAAAUAUGAGAAAUAUUGUGCACUUUGUGCUUGUGACGUCUCUUGUCCGAAACCCGCUGUUUUCCGGAGCCCAGCCCGCGGGAUGUCCUCGCUUGGGGACAAAGGACCUGCCCAGCUGAGAGAUCUUGGAGAGAAAACAAACAAAAACAACAACAAGAAAAUCUCCUUCGCUGUGAUGUCUUCCUGGCCGAGCCCCGCAGAGGCGACCCGGGCUGGUUGUUACACCUGCCAGUCUGGAAAUAAGUGUUUUAACGUUCCUUUUUAGUUGUUUUAAUUUAUUUGCACAAACCCAGAGGAGCUAUUCUAACUAAAUUAUUGCAGAAGUUUUGGGAUUUUUAUAUUUUUCCACGUCGGUUGGGAUGGGGCGGGGAGGAGGAAGGGGGUGUUUGUACUGUACUGUCCUGGGAAGUUGCUGUUGGGGGGGAUUGGGGCUGUGGACCCCCCAGCCCAGGCUCCCUCAGCUGCCCCAGGAGCACUUAAACGCCUUGGAAAACGCAAACCUAAACACGUGCCGGAAAAUCAGACGGGGGCAAGCUGGUGGGAGCUUUGCCCGCUGGUUUUCCCUGCUUUUGAGGGGGCUCACCCUUUGCUUCAAGUAAAAUUUAGGGGGAUCUGGCACAAGCUGGGAGCAAGGGGAAAGGUGAUAUCCCAAGAUAUCCCGUAUCCCAAGACAUUGCCCAGAUAGGGCCGGCCACCCCGCUGCAGUUUGGGGUGUCACCGCCGUCGGAGGGGGCUGGGGAAAUCGGUACGAGUCCCCACUGGGAAGGUUUUUCUGGCUUUGGGGUGAUUUGGAAGCACAGGUGGAGCUUGUUUUUCCAAAUCCCUUGGAACUGCCCCCAAACCACCCCCCGGCGCAGCGGCCGCUUCCCCUCUCCACUAACACGUGCCGUGCUCUGCUUAUGCCAAGAUAAGUACCUUAUGCUUUAAUGCUUACAAUAUAAUUUUAAGCUCUUAAAAAAAAAUGUAUUAAGAUUUAUUUAAUGAACUAUAAUAGUGUAUUAUUUUUCUUAAUUCCAAUACGUGCACCCUGGUUUAAAAAAAAAAAAAAAUAGAAGGGUAUUUUGUCUUAAAUCACCGAAGUGAAGCAAUGCCCUCGCGCUGUGUAUUCCAUUCCAAGGGAUGAUGCAGAGGGGCCAUGGAGGGGGUGACAGAGGGACCAGCCCCCCAGGCUCUCCUGGGGUGGCAGACUUUGCCCCAUGGCAUCUUUUCUCUGCAGAGAAGCAUUUUUAUACAUUUUUUUUUUAUUUUUUGGGUUUUUUGUUUUGUUUUUGUUAUCCUUGCGUUUUUAUAAUUUAAACUCUAAACCAUCAGAACAGAUGAGCGAUCUCCUUGUUAUCGAGUAGUUUCCUUUGCAUUUCAGCUUUUUUGUAAAUUAGGAAGUAAUUCUAAAAAUUACUAAGAGGAUGAUUUAUUUAAAAGAGAACUUUGCUAAAUAGCAUAUGAAUUAUGGGUAACAUUAGAUUUAACUUUUCCCCCUGUGAGUGGGGGAGAAUCCUUGAAGGCAUGGAUGCAAAUAUAAAAUUAUAAAAGAUCUAAAUAAAGCUUAUUUUAAAGUA